AUGCUUCCGCUUGGACGUAAAUAUUUGUGCUCAACUCUUCGCUUACAUUCGACGAUAGUUUUGUACCAGACCUCCAGAGAUAUGCAUCGAAGUGCUAUUACUGGCCUCGUCAUUCAGGCUGUUGCUGUAACGUCAUCCACUGUAGUGCCUAUGUUCAUGCUAUGCCACAUUCUCCUUCUUCCUCCAUCAUCAGCAACAUUCAUAUCCCAUUAUGCAACAUGCUCGACGUUGUUGUUUUCUUUGAAAUCUUUCAACUCAAGUAUAUCGAUGAUACUUACCACAAAACCAUACAGGGAACAUUUUGCGACAGUCACAGGUUUGAACUUCAUAUUAUCUCGCUAUUCUGUUGGCAAAGUAUUGCCCAAAAUCAAAGAACCGACACUGGUUAGUAGUUCUGCCGUCGUGAAUUCAAAUAAUCAGCUGUGA